AAAAAAAAAAAAGACGUGUGAGACAAGUACUAGUACUAGUUAUAGUACUACUGAGAGAGUUUUUGCAUCUGCAAAUUCAAUUCAAUUCAAUUCAAUUCAAAUGGCUACUGCAACAAACACAACCUUCAAAUUUCAAUAAACACACACACACAACAACAAUUAUGGGCAACACUCUGCAAACACUCCCCCAAAUUCCACCACCACCGCCGCCGCCGCGGCCGGACGAACAGGAGGAGGAGGAGCUGCAGGAGCGGCGGCCGGAGGUGGGGAAUCGGGAAUUCACCUGCGAAAUCUGCAUAGAGCCGGCGUCGAUUCGGGGGAAGAAAUUCAGGAACGGGGGGAGGUGCAGCCACCCGUUCUGCACCGACUGCGUGGUCAAGUACAUACGCGUCCAGCUGGAGGACAACAACGCCGCCCGGAUCAACUGCCCCGCCCCCAACUGCGGCCACGCGCUCGACCCCCGCGCGUGCGCGCCGCUCGUCGGCGACGCGCUGUUCGUGCGGUGGUGCGACGUGCUGUGCGAGGCGGCGAUUGUGGGGUCCGACAGGUGCUACUGCCCCUACAGGAACUGCAGCGCGCUGAUUCUGAACGAGUGCGGUGGGGUUGUGAAGAAAUCGACGUGCCCUAGCUGUAAGAGGUGCUUUUGUUUCCAGUGUAAGGGGGUUUGGCAUGCGGGGUUUGGGUGCGAGGAGAGUGGGGAAAUUAGGGAUACAAACGACGUUGCUUUUGGUAGGCUGGUUGAACGAAGGAAGUGGAAUAGGUGUCCUCGGUGUAGGCAUUUCGUCGAACUCAGAGAGGGCUGUAAGAUUGUCAAAUGCAGAUGUGGGAUUAGUUCCUGCUACAAGUGUGGGAAGCUGGUUAAUCAGCACUGGUGCAGCUGUGACAAAACUUCUCGGUGCUGCGAAUGGACAUUCAAAAUUUGUAUAGUUCUCGUCGUUUGCUUCACAUUUACAAUGUUUUUCAUGGCUUGGCAAAGCAAAACUACGAGAUGAAUACGACGCAAUAUAGUUUGUAUAUAUAAUAUCGCGAAGAACAAAAAAACACAGGACGAUGGAACUGGCAUUUUUAUAACAAAGGGAAUGUGAUCUGAUUCUUUAGGGUUUCAUCCCUUUGUAAUGCUUACAAGACAGUGCAAAUAUAUUCUGAUUUUUCUCUACUUAUUUUGCAAGUACAUAUUGCUGAUUAAUUAUUAUUUUUUAUUUA